AUGGCUCACAGAAAUCCGAGAGAUCAUCAAGCCUAUGGCCGGGAUCAUGAAAGGAAUUCCCGAAUGCAUGAAAGCAUCAAAGAGCUUCUCCUCCGUGGAAUCAACACAACAAUCCACACGGAGGACAUAAGUGACAAGCUCGUUGCUUAUGGAGAAAUCGAAUCUAUCGCUUUCAGAUUCUUGGACGAGCGCGGAUGGGCGUUUGUCACUUACACAACCCGUGAAGGAGCAGAGAAGGCCAUGCAAGAGCUCUCCGGGUCGCUAGUCAUCAACGGUCAGAGGCUAAAACUCGCAUGGGGAAAUCCUGAGGUCCACAAUACUUAUCAAGACGUAGUUCGAACCAAGAGGGCCUUGUGGCUCCGAGUGGUUUCCUAUCUAAUUAAACACCAGAUGGGCCCGCGGAGAAUUAUCGCAUCAAAACUAUAG